AUGUCUGAAAAGGAAGAAGCUGUAUUCCGUUCUGCGGAUAUGUCUUUGGUCCAACUUUAUGUUCCUACUGAAGUUGCUAGAGAUAUUAUCUACAAAGUUGGACAAUUGGAUAUUAUUCAAUUUAGAGAUUUAAAUUCAAAAGUUAAUGAAUUCCAACGUUCUUUUGUUAAGGAAUUGAGAAAAUUAGAUAAUGUCGAAAGACAAUUCAAUUUAUUCAAACGUGAAUUGGAUUUUAGAGAUAUUCCAAUCAAGCUAUUCCCUUAUGAUUUUGAGAAAGCUCCACCACAAACUGAAAUUGAUGAAUUAAUUGAAGGUUCUCAAUUGUUAGAAGACAGAGUUGUUCAAUUACGUGAAUCUGUUGAAACUUUGUACGCCAAGGAAGUUCACUUGAAACAGUUCAAAUACACCAUUCAAGCAGUCAACAAGUUUUUUGCCGUACAAGGUGAAGAUGUCAUUGAUAAUGAAGAAGCCGCCUUAUUGUCCCAAUUAGAAAGUGGUGGUGCUGCUCAUGGUGAUGCCCGUUCAGGAUCUGGUUUCAUUUCUGGUGUUAUUAGCCGUGACAAGGUUGGUACUUUACAACAAAUUUUGUGGAGAGUUUUAAGAGGUAAUUUGUACUACCAUAGUGAAGAGUUACCAGAAGAAAUUUUUGAAUUCAAAAGCAACUCUUAUGUUGCUAAGAAUUCUUUCAUCAUUUUUGCCCACGGUUCUCUUAUUCAUGAAAGAAUUAAGAAAAUCUGUGAAUCUCUUGAUGCUGAAUUGUACGAUGUUGAUGGUACUUCUGAAGCUAGAAAGGAACAAUUACAUGAUGUGACUACCAAAUCAUCAGACUUGUCUGUUGUCUUGGGUGAAUCAGAAAAUGCAUUGAACUCUGAGUUGAUUGCCAUUUCUCGUGAUUUGGCCAAAUGGUGGGAAAUCAUUGCUAGAGAAAAAGCUGUUUACAAAGCCAUGAACUGUUGUGAUUAUGAUGGUUCAAGAAAAACUUUAGUUGCUGAAGGUUGGACUCCUACUGAUUCCAUCACUGAAUUGACUACCACCAUUCAAGAGUAUGAUGCCUCUCAAUCCGUUCCAACUAUUAUUAAUGUUUUGGACACAAACAAGACUCCACCUACUUUCACUCGUACCAACAAAUUCACCUAUGCCUUCCAAUCUAUUUGUGAUGCAUAUGGUGUUCCAAAAUACAAGGAAAUCAACCCUGGUUUACCAACUAUUGUUACUUUCCCAUUCAUGUUUGCCAUUAUGUUUGGUGAUUUGGGUCAUGGUUUUAUUGUUGCAUUAGCUGCUGGUGCUCUUGUCUUGAAUGAAAAGAAAUUGGGUGGUAUGAAGAAGGAUGAAAUUUUUGAUAUGGCCUACACUGGUCGUUAUGUUUUGUUGCUUAUGGGUGUUUUCUCCAUGUACACUGGUUUCAUCUACAAUGAUGUUUUCUCAAGAUCUAUGUCUUUAUUCAAAAGUGGUUGGGAAUGGCCAGAAAAUUUUGCCAUUGGAGAAACCCUUUUUGCUAAAAAAGUUGGUACUUAUGCCAUUGGUUUAGAUCCAGCUUGGCAUGGUGCCGAAAAUGCCUUGUUGUUUUCCAACUCUUAUAAGAUGAAGUUGUCUAUUUUGAUGGGUUACAUUCAUAUGACUUAUUCAUACAUGUUUUCCCUUGCCAAUUAUACUUAUUUCAACAGUAUGAUUGAUAUUAUUGGUAACUUUAUUCCAGGGUUAUUCUUUAUGCAAGGUAUUUUUGGUUACUUGUCCUUGUGUAUUGUUUACAAAUGGAGUGUUGACUGGUUUGCCACCGGUAGACAACCACCAGGUUUGUUAAACAUGUUGAUCAACAUGUUUUUAGCCCCAGGAGAUGUUCCAGAACCAUUAUAUUCUGGUCAAUCUCAAAUCCAAGUUUUCCUUUUACUUAUUGCAUUGAUUUGUGUUCCAUGGUUGCUUUUAGUUAAACCAUUGUACUUGAAGAGACAAUUAGACAGAGAAGCCAAGGAACAUGCUCAAUAUGCUCAAUUGCCAAACGACGACGAAGAAGCUGGUUUAAUUGAAGGAAAUUCACACCAUGAAGAACAAGAUGAUGAUGAAGAUCAUGAAGAACAUGGUUUUGGUGAUAUCAUGAUCCAUCAAGUUAUUCAUACUAUUGAAUUCUGUCUUAACUGUGUUAGUCAUACUGCAUCUUACUUGAGAUUGUGGGCUCUUUCAUUGGCACAUGCUCAAUUGUCUACUGUUUUGUGGUCUAUGACCAUUGGAAAUGCAUUUGGUCCAACUGGUAUUGUUGGUACUAUCAUGGUUGUUUUCUUAUUUGCCAUGUGGUUCACUUUAUCUGUCUGUAUCUUGGUUGUUAUGGAAGGUACAUCUGCUAUGCUUCAUUCCUUGAGAUUGCAUUGGGUUGAAAGUAUGUCUAAAUACUUUGAAGGUGGUGGUUCUGCUUUUGAACCAUUUGGAUUCAAAGGUUUAUUGGACACUGUUUUCUAA